AUGAGAUUGUUGGAUUUGGUGUACAAUCGUCCUGCCGGCAUUCUGGAAAAAAGUGGGCGAAUAGAGUUGGGAACUGUCACGUCCCACAUGCUAGACUCACUGAGCUUUUGCUCCACAAAAUUUGCCCAGACUGGUGCCAUUCAUAUUUACGCCAUCGACCAACUCAAGGGCGCUGUCGGUCUAACAUUCGUCAGCAAUCAAUCAUACAUCCAGGGAGCAAAGAAGCUAGAGAGAGGAUUCCAGAUCAGCUAUUCGAUUGAAAGAUGUGGUGGCGACAUCGAAAUGACCGAGGAUUCUGGCUAUAUGACUACACUCUCAUCACCUGCCUUCCCUCUUGACUAUGCUCACGACCUUGAUUGUCUAUGGAAUGUCACUGCACCUGAGGGACGAGUGCUUGCCAUCAAGUUCGAGUUUAUGGAUCUCGAAAUGUCAGGCGAUUGUGUCAUGGAUUACCUUGAGUUGGUCGAUGGCGUAAAUAUGAAUGGCACCAGUCUGGGCAAAUUUUGUGGAGCAAAAGCUCAAAUGCCGGCAGGACGAUUGUACACCAAAUCCAACAAUCUCAUGGCGAAUUUCGUCACCGAUAGAACAAUGAACAGUGGUGGUUUCAAACUGAUCGUCACAGCUACUUUAGGUGAGAAGUCUGGAUGCGGUGGCACAUUGAAGGCAACUGGCGACUGGCAAACGCUUAAACCACCUCUGGAUAAAAAUGGUCAAUAUAUCCAUAACCUCCACUGCGGUUGGAACAUCAUUGGACCCGAUCGGACUAUGUUAGAGCUACAGAUCACAAAACUGGACACCGAAGACCUCGAAUCACCUCCAGGGAUCGUCUCAGCCAGCGGUACACGCUGUGUGGACGCACUUACGAUAUACGACGGAUACAAAUCAUUCUCUCCCGUACUGGCACACGACAUAUGUGAAGACACAGUUCGAUCACCCUUGCCAUUGGUCUACCACACUUCACACAAAGUAGCUCAUGUGUACUUUGAAAGCGACAUGAAUGGAUCUGGAAGCGGCUUCGAGCUCAAGUACCGAUCGAUAAAACCUGAUUGCGGUGACUGGCUGGUGGCGACAAGCGAAUCGCAGACUUUUACCUAUCAGAGCAAGGGAAACAAAGAUAAACAUAACGGUCAAACUAAUCAACGAUGCCAAUGGGUUAUCCAGUCCAAGUCGCAAACACCGAUUUGGUUACAGUUCAGCAGCCUCAAGUUCCCUUCAGUAGAUGGCGAUUGUUCCGACGCGUUCAUCGAAAUCCGCGACGUUGGUCUGAUCUCCAGAUGCCAACAUCCAGCUUGUGCUAAGGAAACCACCGAUAGAAAGGUGAGGUUUUCGUGA